AAUGGGAGGACUUUGUAGAGUGAAAGGUUGUUGGGUUGUAUUUGACCCUAAGAAACUUCCCCCCAAAGUAUUAUUAACUGCUGGAGAAAAAGGUCUUACAGUUGCAACUGAAUUUGAAGUUGGAGGUUUAGAUCCAAAUAGGUUUGACCCAUUUUGGGGUCGUAACCCUGUGCUUCCUAAAGGCGCAGUGCUAUUGAAAGAAGGCUGA